AUGGCAUUGGAAAAGAUUACGUUGCCAGAAGACCUGGGCUCAAGGUCUCUACUCAUGUUCGACGACUUGGUUUCUAGAGGGAAGCUAUUUUACAACGAAUCUAAAAGCGAGAUUGUCUCCCACAACGGCUUCAAGUUCGAGUUCCGCAUUAGUCCAGCUUUGAAAAGAAAGCCGUAUCUGGAGCGAGAUGAUCCCAAGCGCACAGCGGACAAGGGGCCGUUCCUCAACCCAGAUCCCGACUUCGUUGUUGCUCAAGUAGGGUUGCAUCAUACACUGAAGCUCAAUCUGUGUUGUAUGUAUCGGCCAGCAUUCGUCCUAUAUACGCGGAUCUUCAAGCCUCAAACGCAAGAUCUCAACUUCGUUGACGUCGAGGCUGCACGUGCUGUGAUGGCUGCACUCAAGCCAACCCUGGGGCCCCAACUGAUGAUUUACAAUUGUGGGGUCGAUGCCGGAUCAUCUCAGGGCCAUAAGCAUAUGCAGAUUUUCCCUCAGCCAACUGACUUUCCUCUGUAUCCUCAACAGGCGACCUCUGAUAGCGAUAUCAAUUCGAAUAUUUUUGGCGUUCCGAACAUGCAUUUUGUAUUGCGGUUGUCUCAGGGAGUGACAUCUCAAGAGGCUGAUUGCAAUCUUGCAAGACUAGUCUCAGCUUCCAGAGAUUUCCAGACAACUGCGAGGUAUGGCAGUGAUUACAAUGUCGUAAUGGCUGAAGAUUGGGUAUGCGUGGUGCCCCGGCGACUUGUUGGAAGAGAGGGAGUUGGAGCCAACGGUGCCGGCAUGGUAGGUCUUGUGUGGCUACGAGAUCAAGCAGAGAGGGAUGGCUGGAAUUCCUUUGGCUUGACGGAACAUCUUGUUCAACUUGGUGUGCCAAGGACUUGA